UAAAAUUAAAAAAAGAAAAAAAGAAAAAAAAAGAAACUUGAAAGUACAGAUAUGCAACCGCCUUCCGUCUCUAACUCCAUCUCCGUUCACUGAAUGCUUUACUGGUUCGAGGGCAAAUCCGUCAUAAUAAUACCGUACUUCUCCCUCCAUCGUUAGUCAACCGGCGGUUUUUCACGAUCGGCGGCGGCGACGUUUGACUCGUGGGAUGUGAAUUUGGUUUUUGUUGGGUUUAGUAUCGGUUACGGCCUGAGAAGCUGAGCGGAAAAUGGAUCGGGUCGGGAUGGCGGCGGGGCCGGGUUUGGAUAUGCCGAUCAUGCACGACAGUGACCGCUACGAUUUCGUGAAGGAUAUCGGGUCGGGUAAUUUCGGCAUCGCCCGGCUCAUGAGGGAUAAGCAGACGAAGGAGCUGGUUGCGGUGAAGUAUAUCGAGAGAGGAGAUAAGAUAGAUGAAAAUGUUCAGCGAGAGAUCAUAAAUCACAGGUCCCUGAGGCAUCCUAACAUUGUCAGAUUCAGAGAGGUGAUUCUAACGCCAACUCAUCUGGCUAUUGUUAUGGAAUAUGCAUCUGGUGGCGAGCUUUUUGAGCGAAUCUGCAAUGCAGGGCGGUUUAACGAGGAUGAGGCUCGCUUCUUUUUCCAACAACUUAUAUCUGGAGUCAGCUACUGCCACUCUAUGCAAGUAUGUCAUCGGGAUCUAAAGCUGGAGAACACAUUGCUUGAUGGAAGUGCUGCUCCUCGUUUGAAGAUAUGUGAUUUUGGCUAUUCUAAGUCAUCUUUGCUGCAUUCACAACCCAAAUCAACAGUGGGAACUCCAGCGUACAUUGCUCCUGAAGUGCUGUUAAGGCAAGAAUAUGAUGGCAAGGUUGCAGAUGUAUGGUCAUGCGGUGUAACAUUGUAUGUCAUGUUGGUGGGUGCAUAUCCCUUUGAGGACCCUGAUGAGCCAAAGGAUUUUAGGAGGACAAUAAAUAGAAUCCUGAGUGUUCAGUAUUCAAUUCCAGAGAACAUUCAAAUAUCUGAGGAAUGUCGCCAUCUAAUCUCAAGGAUAUUUGUUGGAGAUCCUGCACAGAGAAUCACUAUGCCAGAAAUCAAAAAUCAUGCUUGGUUUCUAAAGAACCUCCCUGCCGACCUGAUGGAUGACAAUAUGAUGAGCACCCAGUUUGAGGAGCCUGACCAGCCAAUGCAGAGCAUAGAUACUAUCAUGCAAAUAGUCUCUGAGGCAACCAUACCCCCAGCUGGUCUGUAUAACCUAGAACUGAUGGAUGAUGACAUGGAUGACUUAGAUUCCGAUCCUGAUCUUGAUGUUGACAGCAGCGGGGAGAUUGUGUAUGCAAUGUGAUCAAGGAAGAACGAAGCGCAAGCUUGGCCAUGUGAAGAUUGAGACAAGAAAUUCCAAUGUCGUGUCUAUUGCCAACCACAUUUUGGGAGUUCUCAUCUUUGUUUUCGAUUAAUCAUCCGUCAUUGCAUGCCAGAUUAGUAGGGGCACCAUGCAGCUUUUGCCUGUUGUCGGAAAAAAAAAAACAAAAAAAAAACUACUGGUUAGUCUGCAUUAUAGAGAGAUGUUGUUGAAAGAAUAACUAGGUUGCAGUGGUUUGUUAAAUUUCUAUAGCUUGUAUACAUCAUAUAUGUACUGAGUUUAUUAUUGAUGGUCUUGGUCUGUAGGUCUACCUUGUUGUUGUUGUUGUUGUUGUUGUUGUUGUUGUGUUUAUGUUGAAAGGCUGCUGGCAUUGUAUAUGGACGUAUAAACUGCACUUGUGUCUGUCUUAGCUUGUGAUGCAAUACCUUUUUCAUAUGUAUUGCUUAAUUCAGUUCCCUUUCUUUCUU